GCAUCCUAGCAGACUCGACUCAGGGCCGCACAGAUUCCUCCCGAUAGAAACAGUGGCGACUGACAAACAGUAACGAUUAAAAACUAUUGUAAGUUAAUGAACCUGAACUAGCGCCACGUUACACGAGUAGCGAGCCUCAGCCGUGUUACCUCUCUCCGUUGUUGUCCUCCUCCGCACCGGCGCUGACCGGAUGCUCACCGCCUACACUGCCCACUCGCUCAGGUGACAGCCUCAACAAACCGCCCCCCUCCUCUGGGAGAUGUUGCUGUCUGUGGAUGACAGCAGACCCCGGAGGACCGAAACAAGCGUCUGUGCCGCUCUUUUAGGAAGUACUGAAGCCCGGAAACAAGGUUAAUCUCUCUUGAAGCUGGGCUACUUAUCGGUCGAGGUCUAGUGGAAGUGCUUCAGCGCCGUUUCGGUCAUUUUAAAGCCACGAAGCUUAACGGAGAGAGCAAAGAGACAGACAGACAGACAGACAAAGCUGCCGUCGGUCUGAGCUCCAUUCACAACCGGCUUCUUUCCUCUUUCCUCCACUAACACUGUCAAACACCACCUGGAUGCAAUGACCGACUCGGUUGUGGACAGCAAGGCGGAGGUUAAACAAGCCACGAAAUAUGUCAAAGAGACCGAAAACGUUGCUGAGAAAUACUCAGCGAUGACUGUGAGCAAGAACAGCAGUGAUGUGAAUAUGAAUGUCGGGGAAAUGCCUUCCGCAGCGUUCACCGCAGUCCCCACUCUGAAAUCCGUCAAGAAGAUCCAGUUCGCUAACACGGAGGACAAACAAGAAUUCAGCAAGUUCCCUACCAAGGCGGGACGCCGCUCCCUCUCUCGGUCCAUCUCACAGUCCUCCACAGACAGCUACAGCUCAGCUGCGUCCUACACCGACAGCUCCGAUGAUGAGACCUCCCCCCGGGACAAAGCCCAGGUCAACACCCACGGCAGCAGUGACUUCUGUGUGAAGAACAUCAAGCAGGCCGAAUUUGGCCGCCGUGAAAUUGAAAUUGCAGAACAAGACAUGUCUGCCCUGAUCUCCUUGAGGAAGAGGGCCCAGGGGGAGAAGCCACUGGCUGGGGCAAAGAUAGUAGGCUGUACCCACAUCACUGCUCAGACAGCUGUCCUGAUUGAGACUCUGGUGGCUCUCGGGGCCCAGUGCCGCUGGACCGCCUGUAAUAUCUACUCCACUCAGAAUGAAGUGGCUGCUGCUCUUGCUGAAACAGGGGUACCUGUGUUUGCUUGGAAGGGUGAGUCAGAGGAUGACUUCUGGUGGUGCAUCGAUCGCUGUGUCAACACGGAGGGCUGGCAGGCCAAUAUGAUCUUGGACGAUGGCGGAGACUUAACCCACUGGGUGUACAAGAAGUAUCCCAGCGUCUUCAAAAAGGUCCGGGGCAUUGUGGAGGAGAGUGUCACUGGAGUGCACAGAUUGUACCAGUUGUCCAAGGCUGGCAAGCUGUGCGUCCCUGCCAUGAAUGUGAACGACUCAGUCACCAAGCAGAAAUUUGACAACCUUUACUGCUGCCGUGAAUCUAUCCUGGAUGGCUUGAAGAGGACCACAGAUAUAAUGUUUGGAGGCAAACAAGUUGUCGUGUGUGGUUAUGGAGAGGUGGGGAAAGGCUGCUGCACUGCUCUGAAGGCCCUCGGAGCCAUUGUGUGCAUCACAGAAAUUGACCCCAUCUGUGCUCUGCAGGCAUGCAUGGACGGCUUCCGAGUGGUCAAGCUGAGCGAGGUCAUCCGCCAGAUGGACGUGGUGAUAACUUGCACUGGCAACAAGAACGUAGUUACCAGAGAACAGCUGGACCGAAUGAAGAAUGGCUGCAUCGUCUGCAAUAUGGGACACUCCAAUACUGAGAUUGAUGUGGCGAGUCUGCGCAGCCCUGAGCUGACCUGGGAGAGGGUGCGCUCUCAGGUUGACCACAUCAUCUGGCCCGAUGGAAAGAGGGUUGUUCUGCUUGCAGAGGGUCGUCUCUUAAAUCUGAGCUGCUCCACAGUGCCUACGUUUGUGUUGUCCAUCACUGCAACAACUCAGGCCCUGGCCCUGAUUGAGUUGUUCAAUGCUCCAGAGGGGCGUUACAAACAGGAUGUGUAUCUCCUGCCUAAGAAGAUGGAUGAGUAUGUGGCCAGUUUGCACCUACCAAACUUUGAUGCCCACCUGACAGAGCUCUCUGACGAGCAGGCCAAAUACAUGGGCCUCAACAAGAACGGCCCUUUCAAACCUAAUUAUUACAGGUAUUAAUGAGACUGUCUGACUGAUGGCGUGAUCCUCAACACAGAGUUGCCCUGGGAUAAACAGAGAAAUCUAUUUUAUUUUCUAAAUUGCUAUAAAACGGAGGAAUUAUUUUACUUAUGCUGAAUGUAACUUAUUAAUAGCACUUCAGACAUGGUGUUACAUAUGAAAAAUAAGAGUAAGACUUGUAGGAAACAUACAAUGUAUAACCAACUAACAUUUUACAUGUCUCGUCACGUGUUUAAAAGAAAAGCCUGCCUGCAUGCUUUCAUGUGUAUGUACUUAUUUAGUUGCUAAUGCUUCUGUUACUAGAUCACAAAGUUGUUCGAUUUGUUUGUUUACCCUACGCACAGUGCCAAAUGAUGGCCGUAAGAAUGGAACAGAUUUAUGUUUUGUUUGUUAACAACAUUAAGAUUUUAUUAGUACAUUCCAUGAGCCGGGGUUCGGGCUGAGCCAAAUAAACUGUAUUACAAUGUACAUUAUUUUAGAAAUGUUUGCUGUACAUUUGUUAAAUAAUCUCAUUGAAUGGUAUCUGCAUACAUGCCCUAAAAGGUAACAUCCAGUCAUCAUUACAAGUACAGUGAUGAAAUAUAGCACUUAUAUAAACAGUAUGAUCCAAUGUUGUUUUUUUUAAGAGUUUAUACUAGCCCGUGAAAGGCUCAGUGCAUUUUAAAUUCCUGACUCUUGGUGUUGGCAUUCAACACUCUCCCUAAAUAAAUAAAAUGAUUUCAAAACACACUGGGCUUCUCCUGAACAAAUGUGAACCAACAGGAUGUCUAAUGUGCUAAGAUGUUAGGUUAUGUUGAAGAUAAUAAGCUGUAUUCAUUCCUAAAAAGGAAGCACUGAAAAGAUUGAGGAGAAGGAGCCAGCUAAACGUUUUCAACUAUCAUAACUUCCCUCAUUUAAUACCAAGUUUCCAUUUGCUCACUCAGAUUCCAGCUGAGAUCUGUCUGACUGAAGAGCAACGUGGUCCACUAUAAAGUGUUUUGACUGGAUAAUACCUUUAAGGCCAUGGUAUGAAUGUGCCUUUUAAAUCAUUCACAACACGUAAAUAUCAGCACUGACCUUAAUUAAAAGACCAUUCCUCUUUUGUAAAACCACAUCUAUUAGUGGUACAUUUAAUGUCUUCCUUCUACUGCUUCUGGUAAUAAUUGUAACUCUAUAUCUUCUUUAUAUGUUGAGAAAAAAUAUUAGACUUUAUGUUUGCCAUAUGAUUGUCGCUGUCUUAAUUUGAUCCCACAGGGUCACCUAAAUUAAUAUUUCAUGUGAUCAAAAUGCAUAAGUGUAUACUAUGUAUGUAAAAGAAUGCAUUAAAAUAGCAAUAAAGCAAGUUCUUU